AUGCCUUCCCCGUUAGAGGACGCAAUGGAUGUACCUCUUCUUUCCGACACCCUGGAAGCCCCAAAGGAGGGAGACGAAGAGGAGUGGACUGCUAGCUAUCCUACUAGUCCCCGGACACAAAGGACCAAAAGAUUAUUGCUCUUUCUGUUAUUCUUCCUGGUGCUGUUGGCCAACAAUGCUUUUUGGCUCUGGAAAGGAAGAUGGAAGACCCUACAAUGCGAAAAGGACUUGACACAGUCCUAUCCUCCAGUGCGGUUCAUCGACAAUCCGUUCUACCAGUUGACAGAAUACAGUGCUGAAGAUGAGGGUAAAGCACACGCAGACCAGCUGUGGAAGGACCUUUUCCCCUUGGGAAAUGGCGUUCUGUCUUUGGAAACUGACGAAGCACAUUCUCAUGGGCUGGCGGAGACGGCACCAGAUCCCAUUCGACCUGGUAACGGAGUAUACAUAAUGAGCGGAUACCAUAGCCUACACUGUCUGACCGUCCUCCGCGGCGCUCUAUUUCAUUUCCAUCUUGGUGAAAAUCAAACGGCACCGUGGAAUCACUUGGUUCAUUGUCUCGAUCAAAUGCGUCAAACGAUGCAAUGUAACAUCGACACAACUUUACUAGCUGCUAAGGACCCUGAUCACUUUAUCGAUGGACAAUCGCAUCGGUGCAAAGAUUUCAUGGCGUUGAGGGAAUGGAUGACCGACCACGCAGGGUAG